AUGAUUGGAGUUGGUGGUGGAGAUAAAGGCGAAGUUGAUGGUUGUGGUGGUGGGGAUGGCAGUUGUGGAGGUGGUGGUGGUGGUGGUGGUGGUGGUGGUGGUGGUGGUAGUGGCAACAUGGUGGUGGUGGUGGAUGUGGAGGUUUUGGAUGAGGUGGUGAUGGUGGUGGUGGUGGUGGAGGUGGAGGUGGUGGUGGUGGUGGUGGUGGCGGCGGUGGUGGUGAAUGAGGAGGAGGUGAUGUUGGAGGUGGUGGUGGCGGAGGAUGAGGAGGAGGAGGAUGUGGUGGUUGUGGUGGUGGUGGUGGCGGUGGUUGUGGAGGUAGUAAAUGUGGUGGUGCAAGUGGUAGAGUUGGAUGUAAAAGUGGAGGUGGUGUCAUUUUUUUUAAAUGAAUGA